UUGAUUUCGUCAGUAAUAAUUAUGGCGCCAACAAGACAGUUUUAUUUUCAAUUUGCUUUUCAUGCAUAAUGCAAUGUAUCUAAUGAUAAAAAAUUACUUAAAAAGCAAAUUUUAUACAAAAAUUUUAUGACCUAAUUAAUGUAUAUUCUAAACGGUCAUCGACUGAAAUGUCUGUACAUUUCCUUCAAACAAAUAUGGAGGCGCCCUCUUCGGGAAUGAUUAAUGCAUAUGAAUUUUUCAUUUGAAAGAGGGAAUCGAUAGUAUAUUGGACCAGAAUGAAGAGGCCACCACCAAGUAGUGAUAAUGAUAUAGGAUCCUCUGGAUCAAAAAGGCGCCGCAGGUUCAGUACAAGUGAUGAUGAUGAUUCUUCAAGACCACCACCUAUUGAACCAGCGUUUCAGUCUCCUCCUUUACAUAAAAUUUAUAACAGUUCCUCCCGAAAAGAAAAGCCUGAUGAACUAUUUCGCAAAGACUUAAUAAGUGCUAUGAAGCUUCCUGACAGUGAACAGCUAGAUGAAUCUGAAUUUUGGGAUGUCACUGAUUCUUGGAAACAGGAAUGGGAAAGAGGAGUGCAAGUCCCAGUUAAUUCAAAGAAUGUACCUAAUCCAAAUGUUCGGCCAAUUCGAGAGAAAACUAAAGCAGUUCUAUUUAAAUUACCUAAAAAACUUAUGCGUACAACUGAAGAUAGUUUCUUUUCUAAUGAAUAUCAUGUGUUGACGGACACUGCAGCGAAAGCUGAAAAUAUUUGCAAAUAUGAUAUGGAUGAUUUAGAUUUCUUCUGGCUAAAAAAUUUCAACGAAAAACGCGAAGAUUCAGGCCUGUCAACUCUUGAUGAAGAUACUAUGGAAAGAAUAAUAGAAGAUUUUGAAAUGCAGUGUUCAAAUCGUUUUCAAGAUGCAUUAAAAACUGAGAAAGGUCUUGGCAUUGAAUAUGAUGAAGAUGUCAUUUGUGAUGUUUGUAGAUCUCCUGAUUGUGAAGAAGGUAAUGAAAUGGUUUUCUGUGAUUCCUGUAACAUCUGUGUUCAUCAAGCAUGUUAUGGUAUAAUGGCCAUUCCAGAGGGCAGCUGGAUUUGCCGACCGUGUUCCUUAAAUAUUAAGCCACCUUGUUUAUUGUGUCCUAAUACUGGAGGAGCAAUGAAGGCAACCAGCAGUGGGGAAAAGUGGGCUCAUGUUAGCUGCGCUUUAUGGAUACCUGAAGUUAGCAUUGGUUGUCCUGAGAAGAUGGAGCCAAUUUUGAAGAUUUCUCAAAUUCCAGCCAGUCGAUGGGCUCUUAUUUGUUCCUUAUGCCGUGAAAGAGUUGGGGCGUGUAUACAGUGUUCAGUGAAACAAUGUAAAGUUGCGUAUCAUGUGACUUGUGCAUUUGAAAAUGGUUUAGAAAUGGAAAUGAAAACAACAGGCCUUGAUUCCACUGAAGAAGGUGUAAAAAUGCAGUCCUUUUGUCCAAAACACAGUAAGACUGAGAAAUCAGAAAAUAAUGUAGAAAGGAAUCAAAAUGUUAAAUCUACAUCUCCAAAGAAAUCCACCAGAAAGAAGAAAGAAAUAAAAAACAAAGACGCUGAAACUGAAGUUGAUGAACAUAAUGCUCGUUUGCAAAGGAUUCGUUCAUUAGAAGCUCAAUUUCACAAAUAUGUCAACAUUAAAGACACUGCAGAUUUGAUUAACAUUGACAGACAAAUAGUUGAUUUUGUAUAUUAUUACUGGGUUCUAAAACGAAGGGCAAAAUUUAAUAAACCACUUCUUAUAACUAAAUGUGAUGAAGCUAAUCUUCUAAUUAAACAACAUGAAAAUCUUCUUUAUUCCCGUUUGAAAAUGUUUGUCCAUUUGCGUCAAGAUUUGGAAAGAGUACGGAAUCUCUGUUACAUGGUUAGUAGAAGAGAAAAAAUGUUCCGGUCAUUUCUAAGAAUAAAAAGAGAUAUAUUUGAGAAACAGAAUGAAAUUCUUUCAAAUAGAUCCUUUAAACUUACUCCAAAAGAGAAAGAAGAAGUUCUUAAAGCUAGAGUUGGUGAAUUAUUGUUUGAAAAAAUAUAUUGUUCUGAUCCUAUUGAAGAACCGAAAGAUGAAAAGGAUAAGAAUGUUAAUGCUAAGCCACCAAAUCCUUAUGCUAAAAGUUAUGUCAACAGUAUGCAUACUCGUUCAAGAAGACGAACAGUAUCUCAAAAUUUAGCUGACAAUACCAAUGAAAAUGGCGAUUCAGAAAGCAGUGAUAUGCCCACUUUAGUUAAAUGUAAAUCGGAAGAAAUUCUAAAUUCAAAUGACACAUCUAGUAAACCUGAAACUCCGUCUUUUACUCAUUCACCAUUUGUUAUUAAAAUUGAAUCUAAACAAGGUGACAAAGAACAAAAUACUCCUAUUAAAGAGGAAAUUGUGACACCAACAGAUGAUAAAAUAUUCAUAGAAAACUUGAAAGAUUCUUCUGAAAUCGAAAAACAGAAAAAAUCUGAAUCCUGUGAUCUAGACAUGCCAAAAAUAAAUUCAGAUAACAUUAUUGUAAAGACUAAAAAGCAUAUUUGUGAGAAUGAAAUUUCAAAUGAUAAAAAUUCCCUCUGUCUCAGUGACAAGGAGAAUAUCAAUGCACUUAAUCCAAUAAAAAUUAGGAAGACUCGUAGUCAAACCGAUUCUAAGCAUCCUGAAUUUAAAAAUAGUAUUAAUGAUCUUUCCACUCCAAAAUUAGAACUUUUUGAUGAUGAAAGCUCCCUUAGUAUGACAUCUGAACUCAACAGCUCAGAUGUCAAGCGAAAUUUUCGCUUAGAUAGACGAAGCACUCGUUAUCAAAUGAGAAGUCGGCGCUGUAGCAAUGAUGUUCUCGAACAUGAUGAAUUAUCAUUGAAAUCUGUUGAUUCAGUUGAUGCGCAAGUGACAUUACCUUCACCUAUCAUUGAUUCAUUGUGUUCACCAUCUAGUAAUGUUGAAAAAUUGACAUUAAUGCCUGAAGUUAACUCAAGGACAGAUGAAGUGACUUCACUCGAUAUUUCUCCCACUCUAACACCAAGGAGGAGGAGAGGUCGGCCUCGCAAAAUUAUCCAACCAGAAGCAACACCUGAUGUGGAUUUUUCUGUGAUCAAAACGGAAGUUGAUAGUGAUAAAAAUAACUCUUUUGAUGGUAUUCUAGAGUUAUCCGAUUCAAGUGAAGGUCCUGGUUUCCGUAUGUCUCUUAGACACAGUAGGGAGUAUCCUUUGAAAAAGCCCAGUGAGCAAAAGCCUAAAAGUAAAAGAUCUGUUAUCAUUAAACUUGAACACCCUGACACUAAACCUCUCAAAGAGGCUAAUAAAGACAUGGCAGAUGAUAGUGGGGAUGGCAGGAGUGAACAUACUCAGAGUUCUCCAGAGUGGGAUCCAGGAGACAUGCAACAACCAAGACUGAAUUCUGUAGAACAGCCAGCUUCAGCUCGCAUCAUUAUUCGUUUGAGAAAAGACCCCAAUAGGGAGUCUUGGAAAAAUGACUCAUCAUCAUCAUCUGAUGUCCCUGUGGCAUUCAGAAUUGUUCGCAAUGACUUGGAUGUUAAUUGUGAAAAUUCAGUGUCUGAAUUUCCUUCCAUUAUAAAAGAUGGUGGUUCCCCAUCCAGCCAGACUUAUUCAACUAGAGAUGACAAUGAAUGUAGGCAUCGCUAUUCAAUGCGUGAACGAUCCGUAGUUUCAAGAAAUGUAAAAUGUACACUUGAAAGAAGCUAGUGGUUCCAUAUUCAUAAAAUGGUUUUAUGUAAAUAUUUUCAAUUAUGUAUAAAAAUGAUGAAGCCUUGUUGAAAUGUUUGUGUAAAGAGAGAUUAAAUUUCACAAAAUGCACAGACUUUUUAAAUAAAAUUUUUAAUUGUACAUAAAUUUUUCUUUGCACUCCCUGUUCUGUGAACGCUGCAGUAUUAGUGGAUAAGAAAAAGUGCCACGUUAAAAAAAAACCU